CCAAAUGGUGUUUCGGCCUGUUUCGGUAUUGCCCGGACAUUUUCGCCUCUUUGUUUUACCGAUAGUGCAUUUAACUCGCGUUCAACCCAAUAUCCAGCGGACUGUACUGUUCUCAAACAGCCACAUGAGAGGGCAUCUAUGAUGAGGAGCUAACACCACUGCGUGCCUGCAGGAAGAGACGUGGCUGCCAAAUCAUCCUCAGUCAACACAUGGCGUCAUUAGGGAACCCCGAGAUGCUAACCAGGAAGAUUAAGCUGUGGGACAUCAACGCCCACAUAACUUGUCGCCUGUGUGAGGGGUACCUGAUAGACGCCACUACUGUCACGGAGUGCUUGCAUACCUUCUGCAGAAGCUGUCUAGUGAAGUACCUGGAGGAGAACAACACCUGUCCCACGUGCAGGAUUGUCAUUCACCAGAGCCACCCACUGCAGUACAUCGGCCAUGACCGAACAAUGCAAGACAUUGUCUACAAGUUGGUGCCGGGACUACAAGAGGCGGAGAUAAAAAAACAAAGAGAUUUCUAUCAGAAGCUGGGAAUGGAAGUGCCCGGGGACAUCAAAGGAGAGCUGUGCAGCAUGAAACAACAUCUAGAUCCUCAGCGCAAUGGUGAGGUGAAAACGGAGGACACGGCAAAUAAGGAGACAGCGGAGGACAAACCGGAGGAGGAGGAGAACGAUUAUCACCGCAGCGACGAGCAGGUCAGCAUCUGUUUGGAGUGCAACAGCAGCAAGCUCCGUGGCCUGAAGCGCAAGUGGAUCCGCUGCUCGGCGCAAGCCACGGUCCUUCACCUCAAGAAAUUCAUCGCCAAAAAGCUUAACCUGACAUCGUUCAAUGAGCUGGACAUUUUAUGCAAUGAGGAAAUCUUGGGAAAGGACCACACUUUGAAAUUUGUUGUCGUGACAAGAUGGAGAUUUAAGAAAUCCCCCCUCCUGCUGCAUUACAGACCCAAAAUGGAUUUGCUGUAGUCGGACAGAACGGUUGUUUUGGCCCAGUGGCCCAGAACUGUGCAACGUACUAUUUAUGCAGAGACGAUCAAUCCCAACACCAAGCAAACACACCAGAUCAGAAGUCCACACAAGCCAGCAAACAACAAACCCCAGCACAGAUACUGCACCACUGGCGGGUUUAGAUCAAAAAAACAACCUUUUUUUGUCCGCUAUACAUCCUAGAUAUGUGAAAGAUUUGAGAGAAAAAAGCAUAUAUUUAUACUUUUGUACAGAUGAGACAUGGAACCAAGACACUACUGGUGCUCUGUUUACACAUGAACAAGAUGUCGGGGAAUCGUGUGCCCAUAUUUUUGUUUUUUUCCCGACAGACUUCACUCCUCCGACCCUCAUUGACUGAUAAAAAGGCGAGGACGAGGAUUUUUAACAGUUCAUUUUAUUUUUCAGGUUACACUCAAACGAGUCUUGGGAGCAAAGAAAGUAUAUACAUUUAUAUAAUAAGACAUUGUUUCAAAGCUGUUUAUUGCAUUGUUGUAUUGUUCUGAUUUAUUUUUUUAUUUUACUUCAAAAUUGCUUCGGGUUUGCUGAAGGUUGAUUGUGAAUAGGGGAAAAAUGUGUGUACUAAUUUAUGUUCUAUAUACCAAUAUUGUAUAUAAAAUGUCAUUAUGAGAGAGAUUGAAAGGAGUAAGAAAGAUACUUAAGAUUAUUAGGAAAGGUUCACAGAAGUGCUUCAGUACGGUGCAUACGGAAAGUAUUCAGACCCUUUGACUUUUUCCACAUUUUGUUAUGUUAGUCGACAUAAAUCUACACACAAUACCCCAAACAGGUUUUUAGAUAUUUUUGCAAAUGUAUUAUACAUUUAAAAAAACUGAAAUACCUUAUUUACAUAAGUAUUCAGACUUGCUAUGAGGUUCGAAAUUGAGACAGGAUUGUGUCGAGGCCCAGAUCUGGAGAAUGGUACAAAAUUAUGCAGCAUUGAAGGUCCCCAAGAACACAGUGGCCUCCAUCAUUCUUAAAUGGAAGAAGUUUUGAACCACCAAGACUCUUCCUAGAGUGGGCCGCCUGGCCAAACAUCGCAAUCGGGGGAGAGGGGCCUUGGUCAGGGAGGUGACCAAGAACCCGAGUUCCUCUGUGGAGAUGGGAGAACCUGAAAGAAGGACAACCAUCUCUGAAGCACUCCACCAAUCAGACCUUUAUGGUAGUGUGGCUAGACGGAAGCCACUCCUCAGUAAAAGGGACAUGUCAGAUUGAACUCUUUGGUCUGAAUGCCAAGCAUCACAGCUGGAGAAAAUCUGGCACCAUCUCUACAGUGAAGCAUGGUGGUGGCAUCAUAAUGCUGUGGGGAUGUUUUAGGCGGGAGGGGCUGGGAGACUAGUCAGGAUCGAGGGAAAGAUGAACAGAGUAAAGUACAGAGAGAUCCUUGAUGAAAACCUGCUCUAGAGCGCUUAGGACCUCAGACUGGGGCGAAGGUUCCCCUUCUAACAGGACAGCGACCCUAAGACAAUGCAGGAGUGGCUUCGAGACAAGUCUCUGAAUGUCCUUUAGUGGCCCAGCCAGAGCUGAUCAAACAUCUCUGGAGAGACCUGAAAAUAGCUGUGCAGCGACACUACACAUCCAACCUGGCAGAUCUUGGGAGGCUCUGCAGAGAAGAAUGGGAGAAACGCCCCAAAUACAGGUGUUUCAAGCUUGUAGCGUCAUACCAAGAAAACUCAAGGCUGUAAUCACUUGCAAAGGUGCUUUAACAGAGUGCUGAGUAAAGGGUGUGAAUACUUACACUAACAUUCAAAAGUUUGGGGUCACUUAGAAAUGUCCUUGUUUUUGAAAGAAAAGCACAUUUUUUUUGUCCAUUAAAAUAACAUCAAAUUGAUCAGAAAUACAGUGUACACAUUGUUAAUGUUGUAAUGUUGUAAAAUACUAUUGUAGCCGGAAACAACAUCUUUUUUUAUGGAAUAUUUACAUAGGCGUACAGAGGCCCAUUAUCAGCAACCAUCACUCCUGUGUUCCAAUGGCACGUUGUGUUAGUUAAUCCAAGUUUAUAAUUUUAAAAGGCUAAUUGAUCAUUCGAAAACCCUUUUGCAAUUAUGUUAGCACAGCUGAAAACUGUCGUUCUGAUUAUAGAAGCAAUACAACUGUCCUUCCUUAGACUAGUUGAGUAUCUGGAGCAUCAGCAUUUGUGGGUUCGAUUACAGGCUCAAAAUGGCCAAAAAACAAAGAACUUUCUUCUGAAACUUGUCAGUCUAUUCUUGUUCUGAGAAAUGAAGGCUAUUCCAUGCAAGAAAUUGCCAAGAAACUGAAGAUCUUGUACAACGCUGUGUCCUACUCUCUUCACAGAAUAGCGCAAUCUGUCUCUAACCAGGAUAGAAAGAGGAGUGGGAGGCCCCAGUGCACAACUGAGCAAGAGGACAAGUACAUUAGAGUGUCUAGUUUGAGAAAUAGACGACUCACAAGUCCUCAACUGGCAACUUCAUUAAAUAGUACCCGCAAUACAGUGACGAGGCGACUCUUGGAUGCUGGCCUUCUAAGCAGAGUUGCAAAGAAAAUUACAUUUCUCAGACUGGCCAAUAAAAAUAAAAGAUUAAGGUGGACCAAAGAACACAGACACUGGACAGAGAUAUGGCUUUUUAUUUGCAUCUCUGCCUAAAGGCCAGCAUCCCGGAGUCACCUCUUACCUGUUGAUGUUGAGACUGGUGUUUUGCAGAUACUAUUUAAUGAACUUGCCAGUUGAGGACUUGUGAAGCAUUUGUUUCUCAAAAUAGUGUACUAAUGUACUUGUCCUCUUGCUCAGUUGUGCACCGGGGCCUCCCACUCCUCUUUCUAUUCUGGUUAGAGCCAGUUUGCUCUGUUCUGUGAAGGGAGUAGUACACCGCGUUGUAUUGUGUGUAGAUCGAUGAGGGGAAAAACUAUUUAAUCCAUUUAGAAUAAGGUUGUAACAUAACAAAAUGUGGAAAAGUCAAGGGGUCUGAAUACUUUCCGAAUGCACUGUAUAUUGUUGGGCUACUUGUAUAUGUAAUAUUGGGUUUUUAAUGUAGAGCAGACUCCUUAUCAGUAUAUAGAAAGGCAUCUUUUAGUUGUCUGAGAGAGAAACAAAACAAAUAUAUCAAAUCUUCUGCCGUGUAAAAAAGAAAAUAGUCUGAAAUUACGUUGCAUUGCUACAUGCAAAAGAUAUGAAUUAGAGACAGUCUAUGAAAGCAGCCCACUUUUAAACUAUUCCAGUGAUUACUACAUCUCAAUUGUAUUGCCAUCAAAUACGAUUGACCAUUAAGUCAACCUGGUUUCGUCUAACAGUAUAAUCAAGCAAGAACUUGGGAGUAUUGUUCGAAACAUCUGUGUCCAAAAAGCCUGCAAGGUAAUAUUAUGCAGCUACUGUUACUCUUGCUAUCGACAGGAGGCACUUGUAUUGAUUUAUUCUCUUUAGGUAUUCAUACCACAAUAAAUCCGUCCUCGUGUUUAUUCGACCGCACUUCACAGCUCCCUAGCCCUGCAUAUUGUUUCGAGAGAUGAGGAAGUGCAGCCACAUGCAUAUGAGAUGGCAGAGCACCCAGCAGCUGAUAGCAUUAGCAUCCCAGUACUUAGUAGAAUGUAUUCCUCUGGGUUACCUUUAGGUACAGUGCAGCAUCCCACCACUUCUUCUAUCCCUAUGUCAUCGCGACCUUUAGUGCCAAGGCUUGAAAACCCCCCCAUGACUUGAUCUUGUAUUUCCGUUUGGUCAGCUAUAUGAAAGUCAAUGAGAUUUCAUCUAUUUCACAGCAGUAUGGGACCUGAGAUAUAAAGCUGUUUGGAACAGAGAGUCAAAUAUGAAACAGUUACAUUUGAGACGUUAUUAAAUUGACAAGAGCUUGAAGUUUUUUCAUUAUGUGGAGAAGCACACUCAGACGUGAAAGAUGAACAUGCUCUUUUGAGCAUAUGAAAUAAAUGCAUUUUUUGAUAUGAUA